AUGUACGAACGACCAUGUGUUAUACUUAUUAUCAUCGCAACUGUUUGUACUCUAUGUCGAUCACAACGUUCAUUUGGAAUCGAUUUCGAUAGAAAUACAUUUGUUAAAGAUGGAAAACCAUUUCAAUAUGUCAGUGGUUCAGUUCAUAUGUAUAGAAUGCCACGAGCAUAUUGGGCUGAUCGUCUUCAACGAAUGUGGACUGCAGGACUGAAUGCUAUUCAAACGUAUGUAUUUUGGGAUCAACAUGAGUUAGUGGAAGGUGUUUACAAUUUUGAAGACAAUAAUGAUCUUGUAGCAUUUAUUCAAUUAGCACAAAAAAUUGGUUUUGUUGUUAUUUUACGUGUGGGACCGUACGGAUGUGGUGAACAUGAAUUUGGUGGGUUUCCUUGGUGGCUUUUACGUGAUCUUAAUAAUUUAGAAUUCCGACAGAUGAAUACCGUCUAUCUUAAAGCGGUUACUCGUUGGAUGAGUGUUCUUCUACCACAGAUUCGACCUUUGCUAUAUAAUAAUGGUGGCUCAGUUAUUUCUGUUCAGGUAGAAAAUGAGUAUGGCAGUUAUCCAGCAUGUGAUCAUAAUUAUAUGGGCUAUUUACGUGAUGUGUUUCGUCAAUAUUUAGGGGACAAUCUUGUACUGUUUACUGUUGAUGGCAAUGGUUUGGGUUAUCUAAGAUGUGGAACUGUCAAAGGAGCAUAUACAACGAUUGACUUUGGCCCUGGAACCAAUGUCAAUGAAUCAUUUAAUUAUCAACGUCAAUAUGCUCCGCACGGCCCAUUGGUAAAUACAGAAUUCUAUCCCGGUUGGCUUGAUCUAUGGGGUCAUCAACAUUCAACUGUUUCAACUGAAAGUAUCGUGAAAACACUUGAUGAAAUGCUAUCAAUUGGUGUCAAUGUAAAUUUCUAUAUGUUUUUUGGUGGAACAAAUUUUGGUUUUACAUCAGGUGCUGAUCCUGAUUAUAUACCACAACCAACAUCCUAUGAUUAUGAUGCACCGAUUUCAGAGCCAGGCGAUAUAACUUCAAAAUAUAUGGCAAUUAGAAAUGUAAUUGGGAAAUAUUUACCAUUACCAUCAGCACCUGUACCAGGAAAUAACACCAAGAAAGCAUAUGGCAGUGUUCGAUUAUCAUUCAAACAAUCAUUGUUAAGUUAUAUUACAAGUCAUUCACCAUUUUGUACAACAUCAUCAUAUCCGAAACGAUUCGAAGAGCUUGGCCAAAAUCAAGCAUUUGUCGUCUAUUCAACAAUAUUGAAUAAUCCAGAAGUGCAAGGGAAAGUACUUGACUUAAGUGGCGUUCGUGAUCGUGCUUAUGUGUUACUUGGAGAAAAAUCAAUCGGCAUUGCGUAUCGAGCUAAUAGUUCAUCAUUAAAAUUAACAAUUCAAGCACCUGGUAAUCGUGAGACACAUUUAAAUAUUAUUGUCGAAAAUAUGGGCCGAUUAAAUUACGGUGGUGACCUUUUUGAUACGAAAGGUUUCGUUAAUAAUAUUACAUUAGAUGGUCAAUUACUUGUCAAUUGGACAAUGUGUAUAUCUGGUUCAUUAUUCGAUGAAGCUCCUACUGUUUUUACUAUGAAUAAGUUUGAAGACUUUGAUCCGAAUGCACCAAAUAUUUAUACUGGAAAUUUCUCAGUUACUGAUCAAGCGCCAUCAGAUACAUUUCUUCUACCAACGACUAUUUCAAAUGGCUAUUGGGAAAAAGGUGUAGCUUAUAUUAAUAAAUAUAAUUUAGGUCGCUAUUGGCCAAUACUAGGACCUCAAGUAACAUUAUACAUUCCAAGUCCAUGGUUAAUUCCAUCUACAACAAACUCUCUUACAAUGAUUGAACUUCAAUCAUCACCAUGUGGAAAUCAGCAAACAUGUUCAAUUGAACUUGUUGACUAUCCUAUCCUAGAUAAACCCACAUUAAUGCCUGCGCCAUUAUUAUACAAACGAAAACCUCAAUAUCAUUAA